UCCUCCCUCUCCCUCCAGACUGCUGCUAUCGGAUCUGUGAUGAUACGUGAUCUCCUGGAUACAAUCACACACACACACACAAGUACCAGGCACUCCUGCUCAGCUGAGCAAAAUGUCUUUCUCCUAGAAGUGGUGCUCAUCACAGCCUUCAGAUCCUUGACGAUGUUGCCAUGCUUUCCUUCCUGCCUCCUGCCUUUUGCUGGCUUUGCCUGCCUGCUUUUCCUGCCCGGGGGUCAUCUUUGCCCUGCUGUCUGUAGCUGUAUGGACUACCACACCAUAGACUGCCGGGAUCAAGGACUCCCAAGUGUUCCUAAUCCCUUUCCAUUGGAUGUACGGAAACUUCUUAUAGCUGAUAACAACAUUCAGGCGAUACCAGCUGACUUCUUUAUAUUUUAUGGAGAUCUAGUCUAUUUGGACUUCAGGAAUAACUCCCUCACCUCUUUAGAAGAGGGCACUUUUAGCAGUUCUACCAAACUGGUGUAUUUAGACUUAAGCUACAAUAAUUUAACACAGCUAGAUGCUGGGAUAUUCAAAUCAGCAGAGAAACUGAUAAAAUUGAGCCUUGGAAACAAUAACCUGGUGGAUGUGGAUGAGGCUGCUUUUGAGAACCUGGACCAGCUCCAAGUGUUAGAAUUGAAUGACAAUAAUUUACAGAGCCUAAACGUGGCAGCCCUGGAAGCGCUGCCCUCCCUGCGGACCAUCCGCUUGGAGGGCAACCCUUGGGUCUGUGACUGUGACUUUGCCAAUCUUUUCAGCUGGAUACAGGACAAUGCAUCCAAGCUCCAGAAAGGUCUCCAUGAAAUCCAGUGUUCCCUGCCUGUGGAGAACAGAAGGAUCUUUCUGAAUGAGUUAUCUGAGGUCAGCUUUAGUGAAUGCAAAUUCAGUUUGUCAUUGACAGAUCUUUUUAUCAUCAUCUUCUCUGGAGUCGCCGUGUCCAUCGCUGCAAUUCUCUCCAGCUUCUUCCUGGCCACCCUGGUGCACUGCUUCCAAAGGUGUGCUCCCAGCAAGGACGACGAUGAUGAUGAAGACGACAGUGAGGACUGAACUUAGUUGAUAUCCUUAAGUUUUCUUGGUUUAUCAGUUACCAGAUCAUCAGGCAAAGUCUAUGAGGAAAACAAAUAGAGUAAAAGCUUUAAAUGUGACAUAAAGUCACAAUGUGUAAGGAUCCCUUCUAGCCACUGAUGGUCACAGGCAGGAAUGGCAGAUCUGAGACUGUCACCUCUGCUUGCACAUGUACCCUGGUGCAAUCAGACCAGGUUGAUUUCCAUGGUCCUUAAUCAAACACUGCAUUUAAACUUGAAGAUUGAAGGAAAAAGGAGGGAAAAGCCAUAAAAAGCUCCAGUGUUUUAAAAGAUGAGUUUCCAGAUUGUCUUGAUGAGAUGCAGAUUCUUAUAAGUGCUUGAAGCUUGUUCUAAAUACACUUUGAAAAGGACUGGAUGAAUGGAGAUGUUUCAGCUGGAAAAUACAGAAGCAAUUUAAAAUAGUGUCCUUCCUAGAUCUAAGUACUGGGAGAUUUUAUUAAAACUCACAUAAAUUUGUAAGUAGCAAAAUGCAAUUAAAAUGAUUCCUAGAAUUAUAGAAAGCGUGAGAAGAAGGUUGGCAUUUUCCCCCUACAAAAGUUCUCCCAAAGCAUUCAUCCUGCAUUUAAUGACAGCAAUUGCAGGCACCAUUCAGCAAAAAAAAAAAAAAAAAAAAAAUUCUGUAAGUGAAUAUGAUUCUGGGUCUGAGUCAUCCACUGCAGAUGCCUGGCAAGUCUUUAAGUCUUUGGUCAUGGCACAGAUCCUAAAUAUAACAUCCUUUUGCAUUUUUAGAUGCAGAGAAGUAAAGGAUUUCCCUCCCCAUAAUGCUCAGCACCAGUAACUGUUGCAGCAUCCAGUCCAUUUAGCUAUUUUAAAGCACUAAGGGCUAUAUUCUGCUCCUGGUUAUACUGGAAUAACCCGACUGAGAUGAACACCAUGAUCCAAAUUGGCAACUGUAUAAACAAGAGUGAAAUCUGGCCCAACAUAUUUCUGACUGUAUUUUAGAUUUGUCAAAACUUGAGCUCUUCUAUAUGACAGUAGAUAUUUUUGUUAAAAUUUAAAAAGACAUUUAUUACAAGAGAUUUUUGGAAUAGUGCUGGACAGCUUUUUAGGAUAAGUAUAUUUUUAAAAUAUUUGUAAUGGAAAUAUUUUUUUAAAGCUCUGUGUAUUUAAAUUAUUAUCUAGACUAGCUGUGAGGGCUUAAAGUCAUGAACAACACAGUAAUAAGCAAGCUAAGGACUGUAUGCUAUUAUAAAUAGAGCUGAUAAAAAGUAGCAUUUGUUUAACUACUGUAAAUGCUAUUAUUUCUUUUAAAAAGCACUCUUUGGUUAAAAUACUGCCUUGCUCAGUAGGAGGGAAUCACCCUGGGUGAUCAGGGGUGACAGGGUCCAGCAGACACGUUCCAUCAGCACUCCUGGUGAUCCCCACCCAACAGAGAUCAGCUGGAAGACCUCCAGCAAACCACUGUCUGUCCGUGCCUCAGUCCCAGUACCUAUAACGUGACCACCACACCGUUUAUCCCUUUCAAGUGCUUUGGGGUUGCAGGGGGAGGGCUCUGCCCCGGGGCUGUUCCUCAGGAUCAGCCCUGUCCGGCUGUCCCGGGGUGCAGUCGGGCUGGGCUGAGCCCGGGCCAGUCAGGCUGCAGUGGCAGCUCUGGAGUUGCUCCCUUGGCUGACAGGGCUUGCACUGGGUCUGCACCACGCUGAGGUCACAACCAGGAGGAGAGUGUUUAUUUCUGCUCGCUGGACAGCUUAUUCAAUGCACUUAUUGCUUCCAUUGUUAGGAUUAUUACUUCAGAAAACACACUGAGACAGAGUUAAGUAGGACAGUGAGAGGCUGUUGUGUAUCAAUACUGUCUUAUUCUAUUCCGAUUCCUUCAAGAAAAAUGAAAUUACAUGAUUUUCACUGUGUAGUGCCAUGAUUAUAAACAACACAAAUAUAUUUAUUAUUUCAA